CCGUAUUAAUAUUCCCCUUCUUGGACUUUUUUUCACACCGUCAGGGAUGCCCAGCUGUGAUUCGUUGUGUGUGGAAAUUAGAGUUGCAGAAAAUAACGUUUUUUUUUAAAAAAACAAAGUCUCAUACACACUUCAAACGGAAAAAACUCAUUUUGCAUCUAAUAUCUAAUGGUUCGACAUGUAAAAGAAAGGAAUUUCAGCCUCAGCAAGUACCAGCGUAAACAGAUAAUUUUGUUUGUGCGUGGGAAGUACAAAUUACAGUAGUACUGGAGUAAUCUGCGUAGCCUUAGAAAAUACAUUCUGUAUAGAAACUUGCCUUAUCUUAAAUACUUAUAUAAGUACAAAAUGAUUUGAAUCAUUGUUUACAGUAUUGAAGGGCGAGCUAUAUUUUAAGGCCACUGUGGGCUUCAUUACGUUGAUUUACCCACACUCAACUCAGCAAUUUCAGAUGAGACACUGAUUUCUUGGCAUGAUAUCCAGUAAAUGAAAUGGGAAGGCGUCUACACGUUGCGUUAUAGGGUAACCUGUAAUAAAGGUGUUUUUUAUUUUGGGCAUGGCCUAGCAGUCCCUAUACCGGAAGACGUCUUGAAACGUUUUCAGGUAGUAAUGGAUGAUAUGAAAGUCUCUUCAAACGAAAGAUCAUUAAUAAAGCCGUUUACUGUGUAUGGUUUUGACACAUUUCAUGCAGGAUCAACAUACACUAAACAAGGGGCAAUUGUUGGAAUACCAUCAUUUUUCCAUUAUUCCUCUGUAGAUCAAGUGGACAAGACAGUCAUUAAGGUGUCUGGGGAGCCCGUAGCCUGGAGUACUAAAGAAGGACAACAGUUUUUAGAUUCUCUUAUACUAAGUGAUGCAGCCCAAAAGUUUGCAAUAGGAUGUGAAGUGGCUUAUGUACGCACACCAUAUGUGUAUCUGAACACGUUGUAUCCCUUUGCUGCUCUUUCCUUAGUAUACACAAUAGCACAAAAUUUGAACAGGAAACUGCACAUGGAAAAGCAGCCUCAAGCAAUAAGAGGAGUGGUGUAUUCUGUUUUAGCUAUUUUUGGUGUUGGGCUGUGGGCUGUCCUGAAAGAUGUCACAAGUACCCACUAUGAAAAAAAAUGUGAUGAAGAGGUGAGCUCAUUGAGUGAAACUUAUGCAAAAGGAGGACUAGAAUUUUAUUCAAAAAUUCUCCAGCGAAACAUUGCAUUGAGGAGUCUCCUGGGCAAAAAGGGGAAAAAGCUGUACAGUGUAUCUGGUAACAGACAAUAUUUCAUUCGACAGAAAAGUUUGCCAUUGAUUAACAGGAAGCUGUUCUUGGAAAAUCAGUUGGCAGCACUACAGAAAAGAACUGAAGCAGCUGAAGUGUAGAGUGUAAUACUUGUGAAUUAACAAUUUAAAUUUGUUGUGUAAAUUGAAAUUUUAUUCUUUGAAGUUGUCUGAAAUUGUCAGUGCCAUUUUAACUAACUGAUUCAUUUGUAACCAGUCAAUAAAUUUUAUUUAAUAAAAAUU